UAACUUGAUGUGGCAUUUGUUGUGUAUCUGCAGGGGCCUAUCUCUCUCCGGGAUUUCAUUAUCCUGUUUACGGGAAGAUGUCAGGGAGAGAAGAGGCAGAGAAAGUCAAUAGCAGCCCUAGCAUCAACACAAAAACAACGACGGAAUCGAAAGCCCUGGACUUGCUCCAACAGCACGCCAACCAGUACCGUAGCAAGUCUCCCGCCCCCGUGGAGAAGGCGACAGCAGAGCGGGAACGGGAGGCAGAAAGGGAGAGGGACCGUCACUCCCCCUUCGGGCAGAGGCACCUACAUACGCACCACCACACCCACGUUGGCAUGGGUUACCCGCUAAUCCCUGGUCAAUAUGACCCUUUCCAAGGUCAGCAGCUCCGUCGUUAUCGCGUGGCGCAUUCUGCUGGGGAGAACUGUUUGCCCAAAGUACCUUUCGUGUCUUAAAAUAAGUAUAUUGAGCUUUGAGUUCACAUUAACUCUGGGGAGUAAGGAAGUUCUUAACUCUUAUUUCCUAGUGACACAGCGGAGGCGAUUGCCCAC